UGCUGUUGUGCAUGGUCAGUUCGUUGGUGUUCAUUCAAGGCGGCGUCUCCGCUCCGCAUCUUGCCGGUCGCUUCGUUCUCGCCGGCCUUGUAGGUGGCCAGCAUUCCGACUUGGAGCAGUUUCUUAAUGGAGAUCUUGGUUGUUGCAUGUGUCACAGGGCCUUCCUAUCGUAUCCGUCAUGGACGCCAUGCUGUCGUGGUGUGCUCUCGCCGAUGCGUGCUCCGCAGGAGUGCCUGCUCUGUUGCCUGCGACUGCAGCAACGUCGUCUCCCCCUACAUUGAAGGCCUCUUCUCAACUUCCGCUGACGCCGGCUCGCCCUGGCUCCUCUUAAACAGCCUGCCCACGGCGGCCGACCAGACCAUGGCGGUCUCCGGUGGCGCCGGCAGGAGCGUCGCCCUUCCCCGCCACUCUGGUGGCUCAAAUCCGUCUGCGGUCGCCUCCUGGAGAUGGAGCACGCCGCCGCUGUCACCACUCUCUUCUCUUCUACGGCGUCACGCGAUGCAUGGUUGCCGGCUCCGGCGCCGCGGUGACGGCCUCGAUCGACCGCACCUCCUUUCGUCUCCGCACGCACUUCCUCGCCGUCGCACGGGGGUGCCCAGGUUGCGACUACUGCCAGGACAGGCUAACACGCCGGCAUCGCGCUCGCCGAGAAACUGCACGCAGGACCACGUCGGCGCCUCCGAAGACCUAAGUUCUCUUGAUUCCAAUCAGUGAGAGAAGGCUUUCGUGGACUGCCCAUCAUCGUCUAGGCAUGCGCCAGCAAUCUUGACCUCGAGCCUGGCCUACCCGACGAGGCCACGAGCUGGCGACCUCAAGGCGGCCCGCCGAUUCGUUGUCACACCUCAAAUAGUUUUAAAAUAAUAUACGAAACUGUUGAAAUUUUGUA